AUGGCGACGUACUUUCAUCAUGGAAACUCCUCGGAAAUCCAAGCCUCCUCAGACGGCGCCCUACAAACCCUCGUUCUCAUGAACCCCGGCUACGUCCAAUACUCCGACACUCCACCGCCGCCGCCACAUCAGCAACAACAGCAACCUCACCAACCCCCCUCCGCCGGCAACCUCGUCUUCCUCAACUCCCCCACCAAUUCCCUCCCUCACCACCACUCCACUCUCUCCCACGCGCCGCCUUCCCACGCUCAGCAAUUCGUCGGCAUCCCGCUCUCCCACGACCCCAACAACAACUCCCCAUCCAUGCAUCAGGCCCACCCCGACCUCUCCUCCCUGCAUGCCUUCAUGCCGAGAAUUCAGACGCAGUAUGCGCUUUGGAACUCAAUUGACCCCAACACGGCGGCGCGUGAUACCCCACGCGCCCAGCAGGGCCUGUCUCUGACCCUCUCCUCACAGCAGCCGGGGUUUGGGUCGUUCCGCGGGGCUACCUCGGACAGGGAGGGUCCGUCCGGGGAAGAUAUUCGGGUUUCCAGCGGGUCGAAUUCGUCGGCUUCGGGUGUGACGAAUGGGGUUUCGGGUAUGCAGAGUGUGUUGCUGAGCUCUAAGUACUUGAAGGCGGCGCAGGAGCUGCUUGAGGAGGUUGUGAACGUGGGCAACGGGAUCAGGACUGAGUUGCCCAAGAAGGGUAGUGGGCAGCAGAGUAAAGUGGUGGCUGAGUCGUCCUUGGCGGCCGCUGGAGACAGCUCGGUAGGCGGUGAAGGAAGUGGGAAGCGGGCUGCUGAGUUGAGCACUGCUGAGAGGCAGGAAAUUCAGAUGAAGAAGGGAAAGCUGAUCAGCAUGCUUGAUGAGGUGGACCAAAGGUACAGGCAGUACCACCGACAGAUGCAAAUGGUAAUUUCAUCUUUCGAGCAAGCAGCUGGAAUUGGUUCAGCUAGAACUUACACUGCUCUGGCCCUACAAACCAUCUCAAAGCAAUUCAGGUGCUUGAAAGAUGCCAUAACAAACCAAAUUCGAGCAGCAAACAAGAGCUUAGGAGAAGAAGAUUGUGCAGCAGGCAAGAUUGAAGGGUCAAGGCUCAAAUAUGUGGACCAUCAGCUGAGGCAGCAAAGGGCUCUCCAACAGUUGGGAAUGAUCCAGCACAAUGCUUGGAGACCCCAGAGAGGCUUGCCCGAAAGAUCUGUUUCCGUUCUUCGUGCUUGGCUUUUCGAACACUUCCUCCACCCCUACCCAAAGGAUUCAGACAAGCACAUGCUUGCAAAACAGACAGGGCUUACUAGGAGCCAGGUUUCUAAUUGGUUCAUAAAUGGCUCGAGUCCGGCUGUGGAAGCCAAUGGUGGAGGAAAUGUACUUGGAGGAGGUCAAGGAGCAUGA